AUGGCGGAGUUUCAGCUCCAUGCCAUACUUCACUCUGUUCAAUUCGCUGGCCGUAGAUCGGCAUUUCCGUUCUUAACUCUACAAUCCUUGCCCGAGAUUUCGUAACCAUGAACCGGAAGUCCAUUUUUAGAAGCAGUAAGACACGUUUUUCAAGAUCCGUCGAAAAGCGUCACACCCCCUCAGUGGGAGCUCUUCAAAGUACAACUCAUCAGUGAUCAUCUCAUCGCUGCUCCAGGGUGGAUAAAACUGCAGGGACAAACAAUUCGGCUGUGGGUCUUCUACAUGAAAGAAUGGACACCCAGAGGGAAAUUGUGGACAGAUUGCGGUUGGCUUUCCACUCUGGCAUCACAUUGUCGGAGCAGUUUCGCUGUGCACAGCUUUCUAAACUAAUGUCCAUGAUUAAAGACAACGAGAAGGAUAUUUUGAGUGCAUUGCACAAGGACCUUGGCAAGCCUAAAUUUGAGGCCAUUCUGGCUGAGAUUGAUAUCGUGAUCAAUGAAAUACACUAUGCCAUCAAUAACCUACCAAGCUGGAUGCAGUCUGACUAUGUCAAUAAGACUCUGGCCACAAAAUUAGAUGACUGUUUUGUGCGGAAAGAACCAUUGGGAGUUGUGCUUAUCAUUGGAACAUGGAACUACCCGUUGCAGUUACUGCUUUUACCCAUGGUUGGUGCCAUUGCAGCAGGAAACUGUGUGAUCAUCAAACCCUCUGAGGUCAGUGCUGCCACAGACCUGCUGAUCGCAGACCUCAUCCCGAAAUACCUGUCACAGGACUGUUAUGCAGUGGUUAGUGGUGGAGCAGAAGAGACAAAGGCACUUCUGCAGAAUCGCUUUGACCAUAUCUUCUAUACUGGUUCUCAGACCGUGGCCCGCAGUAUUCUGCAGCAAGCCUCAGUUCACUUGACCCCAGUUACACUGGAGCUGGGUGGCAAAUGUCCAUGCUUAAUUUAUGGAAGAGUGAAUAUUGCGGCUGCUGCCCGCCGCUUAGCAUGGGCCAAGUUUUUUAACGCUGGACAGAGCUGUGUUGCACCAGACUAUGUACUGUGCUCCCAGGCCACAUGCAAUGCCCUUCUCCCAGCCUUGUGUGAAACCCUUAAGGAUUUUUAUGGCGAGGAGCCUCAAACAUCUCCCGACUUUUGUCGCAUUGUGUCACAGCGACACUGGACUCAUCUGACAGAACUACUGAAGAAGUCCAGCACCAAGGUUGUCAUUGGAGGACAAAGUGACCAGGAGGACAAAUACAUUGCUCCCACAGUGGUGGUGGAUGUAGCUAAAGAUGACGUGCUAAUGGAAAAGGAGAUUUUCGGCCCCAUUCUUCCCAUCAUUAGUGUUGAGUCUCUGGAGAAAGCCAUUGACUUUGUCAAUGACAAGGAGAAGCCAUUGGCCCUCUAUGUUUUCUCUGACGAAACCUCUGUUAUAAAAACAGUGCUGCAGAAAACCAGCAGUGGCGGGUUCUGCUCAAAUGAUGGAAUUGUCCACAUGUCGCUCCCAGGACUGCCUUUCGGGGGUGUAGGGGCCAGUGGCUGGGGAUCAUACCAUGGCCGCUGGGGCUUUGAGACAUUCAGCCAUCGGAGGGCCUGCAUGUUGCGUGGUUGGGCUUUGGAAAGACUGAACGGCCUACGCUACCCACCAUACCGAGAUGAUAAACUGAGCUGGCUGCGCUGGACCGCUGCACCCAAGACUUUUUGCUCAAUUAUGUGACAACAGACCAAGUAAUAAUUGAUAUCUCUCUUAUUGAUUGCCAUGAUUUGAAUUUUUUAAUCAUAAGAAAAUCUGCUUUUGACACAUUUGGUUAUAGUCUCACUUUUUAAAGUGACCUUUUUUGUAUAAAUACAGAAAAUGAACUGUUUUUUAUGGCUUCUACAUCACUGUAUGAGUUACCUACAUUAGCUUCAGCAUUCAAUACGCAUUAACACGUAUUCAAAGAUGCCUUGUAAUUAGCUUAGCCAUAGCUUCAAUGUUUGUUUGAAUGUUUUUUUCAUGUUGAUUUUUUUUAGCUUAUCUUAUUGUUAUUCGUCUUUGGGUUUCCUUUCAUGUCAUUUAGAGGAUAUUCAGAAAUGAUUGUUUUCUAUUUUAAAUGGAAG